AUGGCUCCCCUUCUCUCAACACUCCGGGCUCUAUCCCUGUUAUCCCUCGUCGUAUUCGGCAACGCGUACCCCAAGAGCCUCGAGAAUAGGCAAACCGCGAGCGGCUCAACCCGUAUAGGCUGCUACACCGACAACACCGGCAACCAGCAAGCCCUGAGCGGCACCAGCUACGGCGAUGACGCCCUGACAGUCGACAAAUGCGCCGCCUUCUGCAAGCGAUACAAGCUCUUCGGCCUCGAAUACGGCAGAGAGUGCUGGUGCGGCGACUCGGUCGCAAGCCCCAACACGGAAGUCGGCGACGGCGACUGCUGUUUCCAGUGCUCCGGCGAUGCCACCGAAACCUGCGGCGCCGGCAACCGUCUGGACGUCUACCAGAACGGCGACUACUCGCCUCGCAGGCCGGCUACCCUCCCCGCCCCCGAGGCGCCGUACGUCGGCUGCUUUGCCAACGACGGCGACCCGCACCCCCUGCCCAGCAAGGUCAUCAGCCAGGACAAUAUGACCGCUGCGGUCUGCGCCAGCAACUGCGCCGGGUACAAGUACUUCGGCACGGAAUACGGCCGCGAAUGCUACUGCGGCAACGCCAGCCCUACAAGCCAAGUCGCCGAGUCCGAAUGCUCGCUGCCCUGCGCAGGCAACGACGACGAGCCCUGCGGCGCCGCCUCGCGCCUCAGUCUGUACGGCGCCGUGGGCACCUACGAGUACCACGGCUGCCACACCGACAUCGCCUCCGACCGCGCCCUCACGGGAAAGGUCCUCUACAACUCCGGCAUGACGCUACAACUGUGCGCGGGCUUCUGCAGCGAGUAUGCGUAUUUCGGGCUCGAGUACAGCACGCAGUGCUUCUGUGGCGCCACACUCACCGCGAGCAGUACGGAGGUCGCGCAGAUGGAGUGCGGGAUGGCGUGUUCGGGCGACGCGUUCCAGUCCUGCGGCGACGGCAACCGCGUCUCGGUCUUCCACGACCACGGCAAGCAGAACGCCACUGCGGGGAACAAGGCGGUUGUGGGGGCGUUUGGGUACAGCUCGUGCUGGGUUGACCAGGGCGAGGCGCGUUCGCUCACGGGGGAUACGUACCGCAGUGACAACAUGACGGUGGAGAGCUGUGCGGCGUUCUGCGCUGGCUUUGACUACUUUGGUGUUGAGUACACGACUGAGUGCUAUUGUGGGAAUUACCUCCAGAACGGGGCGGCGCCGGAGGCCGACUGCGAUGGGACUGUCGGCCAGCGCGAGUGCGAGUGCGAGUGCUUCCACAUCGACGUCAUUCCGAACAAGUACAGCCUCGGCAACAACAUCGUCAUCAGCCGGGUGGAACUCGACCACGUCCGCGUCGGCAACCGCAACGCAUGCUUCACAACUUUACUCUGGCCAUGGCUUGGAGUCUGGUUCUGUGGAAGGUUUUGGAUUAGUGGCGGGAGGCUAGCUGGUUACGUGGGAGUUGUCCUUCUACGGAGAGUUCUCUGGGAGAGAAAGGAGAGUGGUGUGACUAUUGCAAGUUGCUAG